UCCACUUUUGAGGCCUGUUGUGUGCUGGGAACUUGAUAAUGUUUAGAACAUUAUUACCUUUUUUCUCACGUCAGAGACUGAGCCCAGGUCUGCGUGAAGGGAAACCCGUUAUGUGGGCAGAGGGAGUCUGGAGGCUCUCCUUACAAAGAUUUCUAAACCCUCACACCAAUAUUCCCAAACUUGGGUUUCUAUCCUGCUCAUCAGGAACAUUUGCUUUUAAAAGUAAACAAUCAUGGUGCACCUCUGCCUGGCCCCAAUCCUUUGGUCUGAGGAAGGGUAUGUCCAACCAGUUCCUGGAAACGAGGUAUCCUCAGGGUGUCCAGAUGAGGUCACCUAUCCCGAGUUCCAGAAUGAAGACCCCAUCUCACUGGGAGACUAAAGCUAUGAAAAUACUCCCAAGGAGGAAGCUGCUUUUCCAGGUAUGGAGGAAGAGGAAAGGCAAAUGCGACAUGGACUGUAGCUGCUUCUGCUCCCAUGUGAACAGCUACCAAGACUUCCCACCCAGCUGCAGCCAAUGCCAGUGUUUCUCCUCAUCCCUCAAAACUCCAGAUGUUCCAGGAAGGCACCCUAAAGUAAUUCCAUUGAUGAUGUCCCCUGAAGAUUCAGUCACGUGGUCCAGACUGCCCACCGCAGGUGCUCUGGUCCAGGAGGUGGCUAUGCUGGAAGUGCAAGAGGGUGAGGGCUACUGCUAUGCGGGAUCAGCCCAUCUAAAAGGUCAAGUGCGGAGGAUCAGGGACAUGGGAGCGCUGUUUUAG